CUUGCUCGGGUCCCGGAAAUGCUGAGUCUGAUACCGUUGAUUUUGGGUGCAUAUACAGGCUUCGUCUCCGCGACAGCUUCCACACCGCUCGUUCCACGUCAAUUCAGCGACAUCGACCCAACAUCGGGAUGCUCUUCACAGUGCGCUGGUCUCGUUGAUCCCUCACAAAGCCCAUCCCUGGCGACUCUCUGCACAGCAACGAUCGUGGCCGAUCUCGCCACGUGCUACGACUGCAUCGUCGCGCAAUCCAACGGCGUGCUCACAGCUGACACGGCGCAGCUGGCUGUCAACGCCUUUGUGCAGAGCUGCCAGCUGCAAGGCAUCGCGCUCAGCUCGGCGACCGUCUCGGGCGCGUCGCUCGCGGGCACAGGACUUCCAGACACUACGGACCUGUCGGGUACUGGCUUUGCAGGCCCAACAACCUCGGUGUCGUCGACGAUUGACUCCACACCAGUGGUCGUGCCGACGCUCGCCCAGAGCACGACUGGUGUUACCUCUCAGACGAGCAGCUUCCCUCCAAGCUCCACGUCGGGAUCUACAAGCCCAGCCACCAUUCCUGGCUUGAAGGGGGGCGCUUCUUAUCGCACGAUUUCCAGAUGUACAUUUGGUUUCGCAGGGAGUAUUGGUCUUUUCCUAGUUAUUUAGCUCCAUGUGUGAGAACAGGAUGAGCGGUUGAUCGGAGUCGAUGAGAUCGGAGCCCAGGGGUUUCGUUCAAUUGAAACUCAUACCAAAAUUCACCUCAUUACGUGUGUUGGAUCAAAU